UGGAGCUGGAGUUUGGUCAUCUGGGUGUUGAGGCUGCUUUCUGCAGGUGCAACGACUUGUGGAGCUCCUUUCCAAGGAGAGGGUGGUAGGAUGAACAAAUCUGGGACAGUCUUCAAAGCGUGCAUUGCUCAUCAUUAUUGGCACUACAUGGAUGCCCCGAAGCGUUUUUUCAAGAUUAUGAUUGGUGAUUUCAAAAAUGGAGUGACCAUACCGAAGAAGUUUGUGGCCAACAUCAGAGAGCAAAUGUCUGAACAAGUCACACUCAAGGUGCCAGAUGGCAAGACAUACACCAUUGAGGUUGCUGAGGAACAACAGAACGAGCUGGUCCUUCGGUCUGGAUGGCCAGAAUUUGCGAGUGCUUACGAACUUGAACAAUUUGAUCUUUUAGUGUUCAAAAACAGUGGGAACUCACACUUGAAAGUCCGAAUCUUUGAUCGAAGUGGUUGCGAGAAAGAGAUAUCCUGCGUUCUGCUGGACAGCAUCCCUUGUAUGCAAGAAAGGAAAGGUUCUCAUGGUAAGCAAAUGCAGUCACCGACAGGCAAAAGGUUGGCAGUUGGCAGCCCAAGCGGCAGCAGAAAGACUCCGAAGAUGAACCCAAUAGACUCUCCAUCACAGAAGAAAAGACAUGUGUCUCCAACUAAGAGGCAUGGAGUUGCUAAGCCAGCAAACAUGCUCCCAGGGCACAAAUCUCUAACUGAUGAACAGAGGAGUAAAGUAGAAGAGAAAGUUGGAGCUAUGCAGUCGGAGACUCCCAAGAUGAACCCAACAGACUCUCUUUCACAGAAGAAAACUGAACAUUUCCCAUCUUCUGAAGGCAUUCAUCAGGAGCCCAUCAAUUCAGGUGUUUCCCACAAGCUCAUCAUGUCUUGGACCGUAUGCAGUAUGACAAGUGAGCAAAAAGCUAAAGUUCUCGCUCUUGAGCAGAAAAUCCAACCCAAAAUUCCUUUUUACAUCACGGCAAUGUACAAGAAAAGUUUGGCUUCUGGAAUUCUGCCCAUCUCCAAGAAAUAUGCCACGAAACAUCUCGCAAACGAAAAUGGGACCAUCCAGCUCUGUCAACUUGAUGGUAGCAAGGUAUGGACCAUCAAUUUGGACAUAACCGCCAAUGACCGGUGUGCUGUUUCUACGGGCUGGAUGGGCUUCAUUCGCCACAACAAGUUGCAAGAAGGUGAUAUCUGCAUUUUCCAACCAUCAAAGAACGAGAAGGGACUGAAACUGAUAUUUCAUUCACUUGCACAAAGGCGCUGCCUGCAGCCACCAGGAUAUGUCCCUUCAGCCAAGAGUCUUAGGCAUGGAGCUGCUAAGCCUCCAUACAUACUCCCACGAUUCACAUCUCUAACUGAUGAACAGAAGAGUAAAGUAGAAGAGAAACUUCGAGGUAUCCAGUCGGAGAUCCCCGCAUAUGUGGCUGUCAUGAAGAACAGCAAUGUUAACAGCCGUAUGUGCAUUCUGGGAAUCAGUUCAGCAUAUGCAAGAGAGUAUCUUCCAGGCGGCGGCGAGAACCAGCUGACUAUGAGGAUGAGGCUUCGGCGCAAGGACCAUACAUGGGAACCUGAUUUCCAGGUCAGGAACGGGAGGCAGCAGAUCUAUGGUGAAGGCUGGAGGAAGUUUGUGACUGACAACAAGCUGAAACCAGACCACAUCUGCCUCUUCAACCUGAAGAACACCAAGACGCUGACGAUGGACGUCCACAUUAUCCGGAAGAGAUCGGUGUAGUUGCAUUGCAUGGUCGGUGUCACUGCAUCAGUGCUGUUCGUGCCGAUGCUUCGCUCUUAGGAGCUCUGCCUCUCAAUUAAGAAAGGAGAGACAUUUAUAUGUACCACAUUUUCGCUCUGGGAAAAUGUGGGGGCGCUUUUGUGUUUGCAGUGUUCGUUCGUUAGCUCUGGCUAUGACGUUUGUCUGUACUGUCGAGAUCACUGGUGCUCUCCAAUCUCCAGUAUGAAGCUCUGCAUGCAGUGAACUCUGAAUAAUCUUAUUUCAACCAAUGUGUUGCUUAUUUUAUGGCAA